UCAAAUUUUCCCGCUAAACUCUGAACGGAUAAAUAUUUUCAACAGUUGUAUGAGUCUGUUUUGUUUAAACUUCGAAUUUUUAUAUAUAAUUGUAAUCCUUUGAAAAUAAAUAAUUCAAUUAUAAUCAAAGAUAAUGGAAGGUUUCGAUCAUCAAGGAAUAUUUUUUAGCGAUAAUUUUUCAGUAGACGAUAAUCAAAGUAGUGGAGGCGUCGUAAAUUUCCAAAAUACCAAAAAGAAUUUCAAAGAGUUCCUUAGGCAAUUUCAUACAGAAAAUUUCAACUACAAAUAUAGAGAUACGUUGAAACGUAACUACAAUCUUCGAAAAUUUUACUUAGAGGUGAAUAUAGAAGAUUUGAGGAGCUUCGAUGAAACUCUUGCUGACAAAUUAACCAAACAGCCCUCUGAAUUCUUGGCGUUAUUUGAGGAAGCUGCAAGAGAUGUUGCAGAUGAACUCACCGCCCCUAGGCCUAAAGGCGAAGAAGAAGUGGAGGAUAUUCAAAUUAUGCUCACUUCAGACGCCAAUCCUUCGAAUUUGAGAGAUUUGAAGUCGGAAGCUGUUUCCCACUUGGUUAAGAUCCCUGGUAUCAUUGUAAGUGCGUCUGGAAUCAGGGCAAAAGCUACAAGAAUCACACUUCAAUGCCGUAGUUGUCACAAUAUAUUGCCAAAUCUUACAGUUAAACCUGGAUUAGAAGGUUAUAUUAUGCCAAGAACAUGUAACACAGAACAAGCUGGAAGGCCAAAAUGUCCACAAGACCCUUAUUUUGUGAUGCCUGACAAAUGCAAAUGUGUAGAUUUUCAAACGUUGAAACUCCAAGAAUUACCUGAUGGUAUUCCUCAGGGUGAGAUUCCCAGGCAUGUGCCUCUCUAUUGUGACAGAUAUCUCUGUGAUAAGGUAGUACCAGGGAAUAGGGUCAGUGUACUGGGUAUAUUUUCUAUUAGAAAAGUCACAAAGCCAUCCCGUGAUGGUAGAGAUAAGGCUAUAACAGGUGUAAGAUCGUCGUAUAUGAGAGUAGUUGGCAUUCAACUAAGCAGUGAUGGUUUGGGAGUAACUUCAUGUUCAACAGUAACGGCAGAGGAAGAAGAUCUUUUCAGAAGAAUGGCUGCUUCACCAAAUAUUUAUGAACGUUUGGCUAACAACAUUGCUCCUUCUAUAUUUGGUUGUACAGAUAUUAAAAAGGCUAUAACAUGUCUUCUCUUUGGAGGUUCACGUAAAAAGCUCCCUGACGGUCUAACCAGAAGAGGAGACAUUAACGUUUUAUUACUCGGAGAUCCUGGUACUGCUAAGUCCCAAUUACUGAAGUUUGUACAGAAUGUAUCACCUAUAGCUGUCUACACUUCUGGAAAAGGAAGUUCAGCCGCUGGUUUGACAGCCUCUGUUAUGAGGGAUCCAUCUACAAGAAAUUUUGUUAUGGAGGGUGGAGCUAUGGUACUUGCUGAUGGUGGAGUGGUAUGUAUCGAUGAAUUCGAUAAAAUGAGAGAAGACGAUAGAGUUGCCAUUCACGAAGCUAUGGAGCAACAAACUAUCUCCAUUGCUAAAGCUGGUAUUACCACGACAUUGAAUACAAGGUGCUCUGUCCUAGCCGCUGCCAACAGUAUAUUCGGAAGAUGGGACGAAACAAAGGGAGAAGAAAAUAUUGAUUUCUUGCCUACCAUACUGUCUCGUUUUGACAUGAUAUUCAUCGUGAAGGACGAACACGAUAAGAAUAGGGAUAUGAUUUUAGCCCGUCAUAUAAUGAAAGUACACAUGAACGCUGGUCAAGAAGUGGAGGAACACAAGGAGGGAGAAUUAUCUCUGGAACUCAUAAAAAAAUAUAUUUAUUUUUGCAGAUCACGAUGUGGGCCUCGUUUGAACGCCCAAGCGGCGGAAAAACUAAAAAAACGUUACGUCUUAAUGAGAUCAGGUUGUUUGCAAUCUGAAAAAGACAAUAAACAGUCUAGCGGCAUUCCAAUUACUGUGAGACAACUAGAGGCUGUUAUUAGGAUCUCAGAGUCUUUGGCUAAGAUGCAACUCGCUCCUUUCGCUACUGAGACUCACGUGAACGAAGCUCUGAGGCUGUUCCAGGUCUCAACGUUAGAUGCCGCUAAUAGCGGUAACUUAGCAGGUGCUGAAGGCUUUACCACAGAGGAAGAACACGAGAUGCUGUGCCGUAUUGAGAGACAGCUGAAGAGGCGUUUUGCCAUAGGUACUCAAGUUUCUCAGCAGAGUAUCGUCAAUGAUUUUGUACAACAACAGUAUCCCGAGAGAUCGAUAAUGAAGGUAAUUGUGGCUAUGAUCAGAAGGGGGCAACUCCAGCAUAGGAUGCAGAGGAAGAUGCUCUACAGGAUAGCCUAAAGAACAGGAAAUAUUUUUUUAGAUGUUAUAUUUUUUUUACUUUUUAUUGUGUUCGAAAUUAGUUGAGGAAUAAAUGAGUGGAGCACG